CUCAAAUAAUGCAUGAGCCUGCAUGUGUACAUGUGUAUAAAUAAUGCUAAGUCUGUUAGAAAUACUUCAGCUAUAUUUUUGAACAAAGUGUGUAGUGGACAUGAUGCAUUUAACAACCAAGCUCAUAAGAUACCCAAAGCUCUUCUACUUGUGUGACUGUGGCACAUAAGACUAAGGUCUUGUUUGGGCAUUUAAUUGUCUAGCUGUUUGAAAGUUGAGGUGUAUAAAGAUGGAAGGCUCUGAACAACAUGGCAAGACUCCAGUACCAAGCUAUGCAAGCAUCCCGCAUCACUACACAACCAUGCCUCUGCACACUACGCAGGUGCUGCUCAUGGACACUCCUACAGAGGAAGACGAAUCUCCAACACUGGCCGAGCCAAUGACGCUCGUGGGAGCUAAGCACCUCUCCCACGCUCCCAUUCUUGCCUCCGCUCCCACGCCUCCUCUCACUCACCACACUGCCCCUCUCCUUCACCACACUCCUCCCCAUCACUCAUCACUUCAUCAUCACCAAAUCCACAUUUCACUCAAUGGCUCUAUGACUUCUGUGUUUCAGCCACAUCAUCUGCACCAUCUGUCAUCACCAUCACCACCUGCUGGCCAUCAGGGGAGUGAACAAGUGAUGGACUCCCCAAGUUCUUCCCCUUGUGCCUUGCGCUUGAUGACCAUUGACGAGAACUGGGAAGCAGCUCCCUCCUCCCCACAUGCCUCCAGCGACUCCAACCCCACCGUCCCCAGCAGGAGACCCAGCAAGAGGACCUCAACACGACAGCUCAGUGCCAAGUUUUCGGCUGCUGGUGCACGGCAGGCAGACUCGGGUGCUCAGAGUCAUUGCUUACAACAGGAGGAUGAGGACUCAGAACAUGACUCUAAUGCCUCCGUAUCUCAUGACUCUGAUGAGGAAGAUGAAGAGGAUGACUCUGAGGAGUCGGACUCUGCAGAAAGUCUUGGUGAUGAGCUUGACUCAAAUGAAGCUGAGCAAACCAACAGGAGAGAGGAGUCCUUACCUGCUCGAACUGAUAAAGGUGCUACUGUGUCUGCUAAUGCCACAGUGUCUGCUGGUGCUGCAGUGUCUGCUGGUGCCACAGUGUCUGCUGAUGCCACAGUGUCGGCUGCUGCGACAGUGUCUGCUGGUGCCACUGUGUCUUCUGGUGCUAUGUCUGAUGAUGCCAUAUCUGCUGGUGCCACAGUGUCUCCUGGUGCCACUGUGUCUGCUGGUGCCACUGUGUCUGCUGUUGCCAUAUCUAAGGCAAUGUCUACCAAUUCAUUGUCUGCUGCAUGCGCUCUGGCUCACGAAAAGAAUAUCAAGUUAUCCCCUGAAUCUCACAGCCCCAGUAGACUGUCAUCUACUUCUGCUGCAGGCGUCGUAAUGCCUCGCAUUUCUAGUGGGAAAUUUUUGAAUUCUUCAUCACAAAUGUGCGAUAGUUCUCUUCCUCCCUCCUGUACCAAGCUAGCUAAGUGCCAAGUUGAGAGAUUGCCUCCUGAUCCGCGGUUGUGUAGCGAGUCUGAUAAUUUUUCUAGUUUAUCGAAUUCAAGUGGCAAACUUUUCCAUCCAAAUACUAGUCCCAAACAUUCUUUUAUUUCUAGUAAUGUUGGAAAUGACUUCUUGUCUGUGAAUUCCAGAACUGCUAUAAUCCAGAACCACGUUGGCAUUAGUACAAAAUCAAUUGUCAAUGACGCAAAUGUCCCAAACUCAAAGUUUGUUGCAAGAACCAUCGAAAAUUUUGUGAUCACGCCGCUCCCCAACAUGACUGCCGUUAUUACUCCGCACCCUAACAACAUUGAGGCUGUCACAAAGAAUGCUGCGACACCCACCAAUGUUACUUGUAGCUCUAGGAAUCAGGGAGUAGGAGAGGCACAUAACAGAGUGCUAGGGACUGUACCCGUUUCCCAUUCGGUUGUUUCUGGUGGAAAAGCUGCUCCUUGUGCAACACAGACGUCGUCUUCAGAGGCUGUGGCCGCAACAUUGCCCAGUCAAAAAGUUUUUGCACUCUCAUCAAGAAAACUUAGUCAGUUCUCCACACAUUCUAAGGAAUUAUUGUGUGACAAACAGCCAACUUUUCGUGAUGGGGAAAGGAAAAAUAAUCAGUUUCUCAUUACUUCCCAAUUAUCUCAAGAUGCUGAAGCUUUCAACAAAGUUUCCAAAGAAAAUAGAAACAAUUUGAAAAACAAUGCUAAGAAGCACCACUCUUCCAAAGUUUCAAGUACUGCUAAGAAAGCUGUUGAAUCACAGAGAUCUAAAUUGAAAAGUUGGGACCAGAAGAAAAGUGGGGCUGAAAGGCUUGUAGAUGCAGCGUCUUCAAAGAGCGAAGUAACCCUCAACCGUCUCUUCGAUCAGCCUACAGUAACAACGACAGGUUCAGUAAAGUCAAUGAGUAGCAAACCAAAUCAUAUUCUUGAUAUGACCAGCAGUAAAGAGAAGAAAUAUCUUAACCAGAAUUGUGGAAGAGACACAAUAACACAACUGUCUGGAAGCAAACUAUCAUCGAAGAAGAAGCCAUCUAAAUCAGCUUCCGAUUUAAUCAUUAAAAGUAGAAAUAUGGUCGCAACAUCCACCCAACUCACGGCCUCAACCUGCAAUAAUACGUAUGUGUCGGCAAGCCAAAUGUUAAAAGCGAAACAGUCUUCGGAGGUAAUUAAAUCAUCAUUAUCAACUUAUUCUGCAGUGAGUUCUGCACCGUUGGUCUCUGCAUCCAGAUCUGAAGCAUCGGAGUCAAGUCACAAGGGUUCAAUGUGUAGUAAAAAGUCUCUUGCAGCCAGCCAUCAUUCUUCUGUUUCAGACAGGAAAACUACAACGAUCAUUGAAUCGUAUACCAAAAUCCAUCAAUCUGUAAAAUCCACUCAUCAGGCGUCUAAAUCUAGCCAUCAAUCAACAAAAUAUACCCAUCAAUCAUCAAAAUCCAGCCAUAAAUCAUCUAAAUCAAGCCAUCAGUCCUCAAAGUUAAGCCUUCAAUCAUCAAAUCAUAGCUAUCAAUCUUCAAAAUCUAGCCACCAAGCAUCGAAUUAUAGCAAUCAAUCAUCAAAACCUAACCAUCAAUCAUCAAAACCUAGCAAUCAAUCAUCAAAACCUAACCAUCAAUCAUCAAAACCUAGCCAUCAAUCAUCAAAAUCUGGUCUCCAAUCCUCUACGUCAAACCAUCUAUCUUCAAAAUCAAGCAACAAAUCUAUAUCCUGCAACCAGCAACCCUCAGCAAAGCAGCACCAAUCCUCUUCAUCAACAAAGCAAUCUUUGGAUGCUGACUGUCCACCUUCUUUGAACAACCCUUCCUCUAAUGCACAUCCACGACCCAAAGCGGAAGGUCCUGCCAAGAAGACGACUUCUCCUCAGGCCGCCACCAGACUAACAGUUGCACCUGGUAACACUUCAUCGUCUGCUUCCUUUUCUGAGGCGUCCGCAUCUCGCAGCAGCGUGAGCUCGACAGAAGGCAGCUGUAGCAGCAGUAACUCUGGCAACAGCAGCAGCAGGUCUGAGGAUGAGGCUAAGAGGACUGGGGAACACCGUCCCAUCUCUCGUCUUCCCCGCAACAAACCUCUCCCUCGUCACAAGCCAGAGCUUGUAGCUCCCCCUCGUGCUAGUGAUGAGGAAGAUGAGGAGGACUUCCCUCCCCCAAAACUGUCACCUGCCGUCUCCCCAUCUAAAAUUGGCCCGUCUAGUCCCUUUAAACGGUCUAUUUCUUCGCCUCAAAAGUCCCCUGUCAAAUCCUGUAUCAAGCCUGUCUCGGCUUCCGUCAAGCACCGAACCAAAGAGCCUAGCCAGGAGGCCGCUUCGUUGCCUCCUAGCAAAGAGGCAACAAAUUCCAUAAAAACAAAGGCGGGAAAAUGUAGAACCCUAGCCUCUCAUGAGCUCAGACCCAACUUGGAGCAAGAGUUUGAGAAACUCCUUACGGGAGUCAAACCAGCGACCCAGGCACCUAAGACCUCGUCAGGCAGCCCUAGCGACGUCCUCGUCGACCCUGACACUGAUCUCCCGCUAAUCAUUGGCAGAGGAAGGAGAAAAUUCAAGCCGCUUCUUCCUUACAAAGUCAACGUCACUACUGAUCAGGAUAUUGCUGGUAAAGAAGCAUCUUCAAACAUAUCUCACAGCCGCAAUUCCAGCCCCGACAAAACCAAAUAUUUUCAAAGCAAAGGUGGUGGCACCAAUCUUGAAGUGGUUGCCAAUGGCCAGGGAAGUGAUGCCAGAAAUACAUUAAAUGCCAGUUCAAGAUGUGGCGACAAGACCAAGAACGCGUAUAAAAUUGGUGACAGUGUUCCGUUCAACAAGAGCGUUAUACCCGAAAAUUGCAAGCUUGACACCAGCAACAUUCCUGCUUCACUUCUGGUUGGGGGAGUGAGACCAACCAUUGCAGACUUGGUCAAGGUGCGGGAACGAAGGAAAUCUUUCGAGCGCGACACAUCAAGCGGCAGUGAAUGGGAGAAAAGAAGACUUAACCUAUGGGCAAAAAUCAUCGUCAGGAUCGUAAAUAACCUAGACUCUGAGCAAACCCAGACUUUUGCUCUGUCUGCUGACGCCUUGUCGCAGGGUCGCAUCGGGUCCAAAAUCUCGGCUCUGAAGAUGUCAAAGUUUGGCUCGAGUGGGCUGCGGGACGUGGGCAGCGCUGCACACUUGCCCACCCGCUCCGACCUCCCCCACGCAGCCCCAACCCUCUCCCCCAACCAUAUUCCCCACAGGGGGAGUGAGCCCCUAGCCUCGGGGUCACUCCCCGAGGACGCCUUAGUGAGCAAAGGAACUGAGGAAGCUGGCAGCGGCAGCAACAAGAGCCGCCGUUGCGACAAAUUUGGCAGCUGCAGCAACGACAGUAACAAGUCUAGUAGAAGUAGCAACGACGGUAACAAGUGUAGUAGAAGUAGCAACGACGGUAACAAGUGUAGCAGCUGCAGCAAAUGUAACAAUUCCAACAACUGCGGUAGCGGCUGUAACCAGGCCAAGAGCAAUGGUUAUGCUUGCUGUGGCAGACAACUAGGCAAGUGUAGCAGCAGCAGUAGCUGUAGCAGGAGUAUAGCCAAGUGUAGCAGCUGUAGCUGUGCUGCACGGAAACCAGCAACUCAGUGUCAGUGGCCUGGCAAGGUGAAGACGGCCGCUGAGCGCAAGACCUACGCUGACCUACCAGCUGCGACAGCGACUCAUGCCGCUCAUAAGCACACGGGGAACGUGCGUAUCGGGACCAUACGGGAUCGUGUGUGUCUAGACCACACGGAGAACGCGGGUGUCGGGACCACACGGAGAACGCGGGUGUCGGGACCACACGGAGAACGUGGGUGUCGGGACCACACGGCGAACGUGUGUGUCGGGACCACACGGGGAACGUGCGUAUCGGGAUCCACACGGGAUCGUGUGUGUCUAGACCACACGGAGAACGUGUGUCGGGACCACACGGAGAACGUGUGUCGGGACCACACGGAGAACGUGUGUUGGGACCACUCGGGAAAC